AUGUCUGAAGAGAGAGACUCACCCGACAUCACGACCGAGGAGGCGACUCCUACUCCCAUGAAGGCAUCAAAGACCAAUCGCCCCCGUGCCAGAGAAGAUGCCGAAACCAUUCGCGCCCGCCACUAUGAGGCUAUCAAGCAAAUUCACCCGGGCGCCAAGAAAUUCCCCGAGCUCUACGCCAAGGUCGAACUUCUCAUCAAGGGUCAUGUCUUGGGGAGAAAAUGGACAGACAACUCUCUAUACAAGAGAUUCCUUGGCUGGGCUGACUUCGCCGAAAUUGAGGAUCACCCGAAGCUUGAUAUGUUCAUCGCGACCAUGGCAAUUCGCGACUAUUUUGGCGCCAACAGCUUCGUAUACGACAAUCAAGUCAAUGCCCGCAAGCUUCGAGAGUGGGUGCACAAGCAGCUCAGUGUUUCAACUCAACAUAAGUCUGCUUCCGACACAACAGCGCUCGCAAAGGCUCAGCGACAGCCUCGAGUCAAGAAUGAGCCAGGACUUGGUAGUGGCGAUGCAGCGGACACAAUUCGAAAGUCAAUUGAGGAUAAAAACGGUUUUGUUGUCCCUGCUGGAUUGAAGCGACACGCUCAAGGACACUCUUCCCAACCCAGUAACAAGCGCACAAGCCUGGGAUCGGAUCAAGCACAUGUCACCCCUGAAUCCAACAAUGUCGGCAUGCUUCAGCACUCGCCACAGCGCAUCAUCUACCGGGAGAGGCAGACGCAGACGGACAAGUACGUAUCUGUUCGAGAGAUCACCGGGACCGUACAACAAGUAACUGCAACCCUGCAAGAACAAGUCCAGGUGCUGCAGAAUCACAACGGAAUGCUGGGCAAUCUAAUGGAAAGAGUUCAAGUCACUCCAGCUCACCCUAUCAACAACAUUGCUCAUCAGCAGCAGCAGUUCCAGGCACAGGAAAUAUUCCAGCUUCAGCCUCUCAAUCGCCAGCCGCCUGAGUUCUACAUGGGCCCUCCUCCUAACCGCGACAAUGGAAACAGACAGAUCUGGAGAAUGAGAUAA